GCCCAUGGAAGAUUGUGUUUUUUCAUGCGCUCCCUUUAAGAAAUAAUCACAACUCCACCCACUCAGUGACCAAACCUGUGUGGCGUUCAUAUCAUAGAAAGAUCAUUAAUCUGACAGAAAAUGAAGCCAAAUCGUAAUGGAGGUCAACCUUCCACAGGUGUUCCUUCGAAAUCCAAUAAUACCACGAGGGACGCGUUUGACAACAACAACAUGGAGAGCAGAAUGAGAUCUAUAGGGGGAGUGACCCUGAUCUCUCCGAACGAGUCGAACCGGAACAAGAUAAAAAUGACCGCUCAGAAGGAAGAAGAGGAGCUUCAGAAGUGGAGGGAGGCCCACAAAAUUACCCAUGUGCACACCACCCCAGAGAGACUAGGUGGUGAUGCCACGUUGGAUGAAGUCAGGGCGAGACAAUUCAAAGACUUGAGAUGCUCCAAGAUGGAGAAAAAGUUAAAACAGGAUGAUUUGCACGAUAAGAAGAGACAAGAAGAGGAGGAUGAGCUUAUGCUGAAGAAACACAAGCAAAGACAAAAGGCAGAGGGUCUUGAGGCGAAGGAAAAGAAAAGGCAGGAACAACUCCAGGAAGAUUAUGCCCAAGUGAACUCGGCAUUUCUGGACAAGCUCAAUCUUCGCAGUAAAGAAAGUGAGGCAAAAACUUUGAGUGAGGCUGGUGUAAGGAAUUGGCCAUCUAGCGCUUGUGGACAAGAAACACCUGGACCCCAUCCAGAGGAGAGCAGCUCAGGCCAAGCAGAAGAGACUGGUAAGACCAAUGCCACGAUGAGCACCAAGAGCGGUACAGAUACCACGAACGGGAAUGGGCCUUGAUGAAACUAAUGGUAAACUUCCCUGAAGUCGGCAGAGACUUCCUGGAGGGAAUUCUUGACCAGUGCGAUGCGGAUUACGAUCAGGCUCACGCUUUACUCAAGGACACACUGACUUGAGAUGGAAACACUCUAAACACUAACCGGUAAAUUCCAUAUUAUGAGAAUCGGCCAUUUAGAUCUUGCCUCGAUUUAAUUCCUUUUAUGUUUUCUUUUUUUAAAUUACAAACCAUACACUGAUGUAAUAUAAAUUCAUUUAUUCAAUAGAUAAUUGUUUGAUAUACAAGUGCAGUGGUACCUCGACAUACGAUUGCAUCGUCAUUCGUUCCUUUUGACAUCCGACGUAAAAUUUGACUUGUAAUUUGUCUCGACAUAUGACGACAUGUUCGAAACACGACGAUUAAUGACAGUGUUGCAAUUUCAUUGUUUUUCCGCAAGACGGACGCACGGCAGAUUUUCUUGUGAGAGAAAUCAACAUGGGUCUCAAGAAGGUUAGUGCGGGUGUUGAAAUUUGAAUUAGGAAGGAAAUGAAAAAUUUCAGCGUGAUGUGCAUGUCAGUGAACUGACUCGACAGUCCGGUCGGAAUAUGUCUACGAUCUCAAGGACGACUCUCAUUAUUAUCAUUAUUAUUAUUAUUAUUGUAACAUAGGCAAGAAAGUCUCCAGCUUCGUCAGGUUUUUGAUCCUUUAUUUCAGAACUUGUGCAGCACAACACGGAUACUGUUCGCCGUAGCCGACGCCCACAACAACAGAACAUGGAAAUAGUAAAAUCUCUGUCGCACCUGUCUCAACUCUUUCAACAGUCACAUGGUGUGUUCAGGAGCAGAAUGCAAAACACAACCGCCACAUUAGAACCCAAUUCGUUACAUUAUUAUUACAAUUAUUAUUAUUACAAGAGGUGUGCAAAAUUUCCGAUUCUUAGAUUAUUCUCGAUUCGCCCGUGGAAGAUUUGAGAACGAUUCAUAAACAUCCAAAUUCCGAUUAUUAAAAUAUGUCAAGUAAAGCAGAACUAAAACACACUCACAUGCAAUGAGGAACAGACCGAGAGCAAACAUCAUGCUUGUAAUGCUUGUGGGUAAUGACAAUGCUCAACUCAUGGCUCUGGCUGAACUCAUGCCGCUAGAUAAAAAUAACAAUAAUACCUGACUGCUGCCAAAAGCCGCUACAAACUACGUCCUGAUAAUGCUACGGUAGAUAAUAGAUAUCAUAUGUAAAUAGAACUAGAUGCGAAAUGACAGGGAUCGGCAGUGUUAGCAGCACAUGUAUAGAAAGUUAGAUGCGAAAUGACAGACUUGCCUGCGUUGGUAAACAGCCGCCAUCUUAAAGCAGUAGGCUUUCCUGGAAGGCUGUUGUAGUGAACCUUCCAAGCGAACCUAAUUAACUUUUUAUCUAAAAUACUCCUAAAUUGGCAAAAUCUUGACUUGAAUCUAUCUUUAAAACGGUUUUAAAACUUUCACAUGUCGAAAGUAGACAGAAGGGACCUUAUUAACUUUUUUAUCUAAAAUACUCCUAAAUCGGCAAAAUCUUGACUUGAAUCUAUCUUUAAAACAGUUUUAAAACUUUCACAUGUCGAAAGUAGACUGAAGGGAAAUUAUGGAAUAAUAAAUUUUAACAACUUUAACGGUUGAUUCACAACAUUAAAUUAAUUGAAUGUAGUUUAAAGCUGCUGAUACUGAAUGGGGAAUUUUUUUAAAUUAUAUUUUUUAUUGUAUUUUAUUUACUGUUUUGAACUGUUAACUUGAUACUGAAAUAGUCGUUUAUUUAAGCCUGAGAGGCUUUUGUACAAUUUUUAUAACUAAUGUUGUAACUAAUGUUUAAUGAAAUAUUAAAAGCAGCUAAUAGCUUGGGGGGCAGGGUUGUGUCAUCAAUAAUUGAUUUAUAAUCAAAUCAUAGCCUCUGAAUCGUAAUUGUAAUUGAAUCGUUAGGUGCCCAAAGAGGCCCACGUCUAACUAUUACAGGUAGUCCUCGGGUUAUGACGGAUCCGACUUGCGCGAUUUCGACUUUACGAUGCCUGCAUCUCAUCGUUUUGGUUUUUCAAAUGUUUACUUUUGUUUUGCAUGCUUUUAUUUUGGCGCAGGAAGCGUAGAGCAGAUUGUACUUCCGCACGCGAGAGCAUUUACACACCCGUCCACCCCACACACGGCAGUGACGGCACACGCACACAUGAGGAAGCAGCCGAGUGAAGAGGUGACAGCUUGUGCGCACACUUGUUGCUUGUGAAUCAUCCAUAGGCGACUGCUGUAUAUAACCCCUUUUGUACUGUUUAUUGUGCGUUUUCAAUUGUGGUCGAAUACUUGGGGCGGGUUUAUGUGAUUAUUUUUGAUGAUGUGCGGAUGCUAAGGGAUACAUGCUAAUUGUAUACUAUUGCUGUAUCAGCAGCUACAGUGAUCGCGCCUAUUUCGCGCCCUUAGUCCAUUGCGGAUUUUUUUUUUUUUUUAUUGGAAAAAAAAAAAUGAAAUGAAAAAUACGGAUAAGCUGUCCUGAGCCGAUUGCGCUGUCUCACGCUCGCUCCAUCCCUCCCUCUCCUUGCUUUUCAGAGAGUGAACUGGAGUUGCUUAUUAAAGUAAACGAUGAUUGACAGACGGUUAAGCUUUGAUCUUGCCAGAGAUUCGACCUUCAAAGCGCCUCAUGCGUCAAUCAUCGUUUAACUUGUCAAACAGUUGCUGUGGCAAGACAUUGUGUGUAAGUGAGCUGUUGCAGCGGAUUUGAGUGGACACUCAACGUUGCAUUUAAUAAAGACAAGUAUUUAUUUAUUUUUUACUUUUUUUAAAUGGAUUGUGCGUCUACUUCUUUUGUCGUUUAAAUAUAAAUCUGUGGGACAGUAACAUGUUUAAAACUUAACAUAAUUAUUACAUUUAAAGUGCUUAAAAAACAUUUAUUAAUAUAUACCUGUAUAUAUUGUGGAAAACACUCAGGUGACUUGAAGUUUCUGAGACCCCCAAUUUGGCCAACUUUCAAAAUUGUCCGAUAUGCAUGUGUGAUACAUCUUUGGAAAGCUUAAAAUCUCAAUUUUCUGGGGGAAGAAAAAUUUUGUACAGGAGGGCAUUUAAAAAAAAAAAAAGUUUUUUAAACAGCAAAACCUUACCUGGAGGUGAGAGCACGCGAGAGCAGAAUUACAGACGCCAUGACUUUAACGAGAUAUUAUCGCGUACUUACCUUGUUUCGAUCCAAAAACUCCAUGUAGCAUGUAUCACUGAGUGUCAAGACACAGCUGUGAAGGGCCUCAGCUGGAUUUUUGGGGGAUUUUAUGGGUGAAACAUGUUAAUAUAACAAGGGUCGCGAUGCAGAAAUCACAGACAUUAAGGAGUGGUCGAGAUUUUCUUUUUCAUAUAUUUCCACCCCAUAUAUGUUUUUUUUUCUUCAAUUUUUCUUUGUUUGGAUCGAUUAUUUAUCAUCUAACAUAUCGGAGAAAAUGCGACAGUAACAAAAAAUACAAUUAAGCAAUAGUUAAGAGGUAGAUGUCCGUGACUUUUUUACGGACACCAUUUUUUUCAUUGUGACAUAACUUGUUUAAAAGUUUAAAAUAUAUGAGUGAAUAUUUUUUUUCAGCCGUUUUUUUUUUUUUUUUUUUCAAUAUAAAUAAUAAUAAAUAUAAUUAAUUACCUCCGUUUUAUGGCUGGGUUGAAACAACAGCUGUUGCGCGGCGUCUGUAAACGGGGAUUUUCAGGGUAAAACGGACAAAUUAAAAAUAGUUCGGGGGCUUAAUGCGCCAUGAAUCUGCUAUGGCCGUAUAUAGACAUAUUGUUCUCUCAAACACAACAGUUGUUUUGGCUUAAAAUACAGCAGUUUCUUUUAAAGAGGAGUGCAAGAGCAGAAACUGCUUUUUCAGUCUUCUCUGUUUUCUACCAUAUUAUAUAUACACAUGAAAAUUUUUUUUAAAUUAUACUGUGGGGAAAAAGGUAAAAAAAAAAAAAACAUCUUAUAAGUACCUCUUUCCAAUGAUAGAUCUGAAUAAAAACAUUGGAGAAAAAAAAAAAUUAGGGGGGACGCUAUUAGGCGGUUUUUCACUUAUCGGGGCGGGUUCUGGUCCUUAUUAACCGUGAAAAAUGAAGGAUCACUGUUCUUGUAAACACAAAUUUGAAUUGCUGUUAUUGAGGAUGAUACUCAUUUAAUCCCAUUUAAUUUAGAUGCUUCUGCAAGUGUUGAUGUCAUGAGCAGCUGAAUAAAGUCAGCAAACCACACGGAUGUCUGACAUACGCAUUUCGGAGCUUAGUUCAAAAAUGUCUAGGUAGGACUUAGCUCCAAUGUCUUGGCGAGGACAGUACAAUGACAUAUAUUACAUGUUUUUGGAUAGUUUUUUUUUUUUAUUUAGAGGGUGUUUUGAGGUAUUUAAAGGGCUAAUUCUGACUAACGCGGAAAUCCGGGAUACAUCGCCAGCGCAGAAACGGAACUCGUUCGUAAACCGGGGACUGCCUGUAUUCCUAUUUGUAUUGCUAAUUUAUUGGUUUUGCUAUGUGUAAUUGCUAUUUAUUGCAAUAUUUGUUAAGGUUUUGCCGUAGGUUUUGGGGCUAUGAAACGAAUGAAUCAAAUCAUAAUCUAUUCUUAUGAGAAAAAUCCCGCUCGAUAUACGACCAUUUUGACAUGCAAACCAGGUCCUGGAACGAAUUAAAUUCGUAUGUCGAGGUACUGAUGUAUGUCGAAUUUAGUAACUGCUCAGCCCUGAUGUUUAAGUAUUUGGUGUCUUGUCUGUAAGCGUGAAUGAGUCAUAUUUUUCAUGCACAUUUUUUUACAAACACAGAUUUGAAUUUUCGCAUGGGGUCAACAGCAUGAGUCAUCAUCUUCAGCUCAUAUUUGUGGGUUUUGAUUGAAUCAGUGUGUGUAGCUGGAAAAAAUGAGAGUUCCACCCAAAUACGUGGAUGAUGCCACCUUAAAUUGUUUUAUGAUAGUAAUAUUCUGAAGAAACCACUUGGAGUUGGACUUUAGAUUAUAUUUAAAUGAGUUCUGCUACACUUCAUCCAAGUAUUGCAUUAGGUGCACAAGCAAAAAUAUUUACUACAUGUUGACAACUUUCUCAUGUUGGGCCAAUGGAAACUACAUGUCAUUGUUUUGCAUUUUAUUGUUGGUCUUUUCCGCUUCCAAAUCACAAAGUGUUUUAUUAAAAUGGGAAGAUGCUUCAUAUUAAAUCUGGCUCUUUGUGUCAACUUCCUGCAAAAUGAGACCAAGCAAUUAACUUCUUCCAUUGCUAUGACAGUUAUAUGAAAGGAUAGACUAAAUGCGGAAAUAUUAUAUUUUUUCAAUCGACUGUGGUGAAAAUUUAAGGGGACAUUUUAUAGGAAAUCCCCUGUUUAAUAGUUUGUCUGGGAAAAAACAUUGGGUAUUUGCACUGUCUGCCUGCCAAUUAAAUUUAAAAUCAAUUAACCAUAGAAAUAUUUUGUGAUCUGGCCUGUUUUGAAAAUAUUUGUGUUCACCAUAUGCCUGGGGAAAAUCAAUUUUAUGAAUGAAUAAAAAAAUAAUUAUUGUGGAAAA